ACAUUGGCUUUACUUGUGCAGAAGAAUUGAGGAACUGAUUAAAUGUCGCCCUUGAAUCCGCCCCUGUUCGCAGCUUUCGUAGCCUGGGCUUGACACUCGAAUUUGGUCAGUUGACGUGGGUUCUGGGCUAACGCUUUUCAGGCUUUCCAGUUCUUGCCAGAGUUUAUGGCCGGAAAUUCUAAUUGCCAUUCAUUUGAGGUGGAAAUGUCCCGCCAUAUCGAGUGCGCUCACCAAGAAGUGAAUUACGUAGCUUUAAUCAUUUCGGGCAGGAACACUUUAAUCAAAUGGCUCACCUGUACUUUAAGGCAAUGCAGUGGAAGUAUCUCUCUCUGGUUUUCCCCUGGCGACUGGAAGGCUGGUGGCCAGGACAGGCAGACAAACGGACGGACAAGCAAACAUUCCAGCAAGGAUCGACAACCUGCAGGGUGGCUGUGGCAGUGGCUGUGUGGUGGAGUACGGAGCACCAGAACUCGGACUUGGCACUUUGGGAGCGGGCAGCACGUGACUUGUUCUUCCGUCGCAGCCUUGGCCAUUGUUUGCAUUUGCAUUCGCCGGAUUUGGGGUGGCGCGUCCUUCACAUGCAGCUGGAACAGACGAGGUCAGCACAAUAGUUCACACUGAUAACGCAGAAAGCAACCGAAAAAUAAAGACUUAAAUUAACAAAAAUAA